AUGUUCUUCCAACUCAUUCCUCUGGCACUCCUCCCCCUCGCUGUCUCGGCCUCGCCCACUCCUAGCAAGCACAACCUGUACUGCUAUGCUCAAGGAAAGGAUUUGUUCGAGUUCCAUAUUAACGAUACUGUCACCAAGGAUGUCUGCAAAUCACUUAACAGUGGCAAGUAUCACAACAUGAAUAAUGAAAAGUACUGUUCAGUCGCCGAUUACGACGUUAAAUGGUUUAAGGAGCGCUGCCAGAGCCACCCUACAGAUGUGAAAACGACCAAGUGGAUCGCUGGCACGGACCUGAAGAUUGAGAUGGAUCCGAAGGAGCCGUAUGAAUUGUACUGUUUCAAUUAUUAUACAACGUUCGGGAACCUUCCGGAUGCCGGUGCGAAAGAACUGGACGAUGAUGCAACGAAGAAGGCAUGUUCGGCUCUUAAGAGUGGCAAAUACCAAAGUGACCCGAAGAAGAAAUCGUGCAGAAUGGACAAGAAGGACAUUGACCAGUUUAAGGAGCAAUGUUCUCAGUAUCAGCCCUCGGAUAGGCCCCCCUAUGGAGAUUGGUCCGCUGGCACGAGCCUGAAUGUGGUGCUCAAUCUCAAGAAGAACGCCUGA